AUGCAGCCAUUUAAAGCUGCAGUUGAAGACCUUUCAAAAACUAUUGACCUCAACAAAAUCUGUGUUUUGGCAUAUUAUAACAGAGCUGUCUGUUAUCAUCAAAUAAAGGACUUCAGAGAGGACUUUAAAGGAGCAACUUUGCUUGGUCCAGAUGACAGCCAGAUCUUUCAAGCUCUUGGAAUCUGCUAUCAUAGUCUUCAUGAGUUUGAAGAAGCUGUGACAUCAUUUGACCAGGUUCUCAAAUUAGAUCCUGUUUUUGUGGAUGCCUAUGUUGGAAGAGGAAGUUCGUACAUGGAAAAAGGGGAUGAGACUGGUUGUAAACAAGCACAGAAAGAUUUCUUGAGAGCAGUUCACCUGAAUCCAAAGUGCAUAAAAGCUAGAAUUUGCUUAUGAUACAACUUGCAGCUCACUACCACUGCUUCACUGCUAACAAAUAGGGGUGUCAUCAAACAGUUAAUGGGAUAUCUGCCCUGUGCCGUGAAGGACUAUCAACAAGCAAUUUCUGCUGACCCAAACUAUGCAUUAGCCUAUUUCAAUGCAGCAAAUAUCUACUUCAAUAAUCAACAUUUUUCACAAGCUUAUUGCUAUUAUUCCAAGGUAUUAGAACUUGACCCAAGAAAUGAAUCUGCUGCUAUAAAUCGUGCUAUUACAAAUACAUUGUUGAACAAUACUGAAGAAGCAAAAGACGACUUUGAGAAAGCAAUGUCUCUGCCAUUCUCUGCAGCAGUGUAUUUUAACAGGGCAAAUUUCUAUAAUGGAUUGAAGCAAUAUGUACCAGCUGGGAAAGACAUUUCAACAGCCUUGUCUAUUCAGCCUAAUGAUGCUUUGAUGUAUAAAUUUAGAGCUGGUAUUUGUAGUAAAUUGGGUUUCACUAAAGAGGCUAUAGAAGACUACAAACAAGCAAUCAUCAUUCAAGAACAGAUUGAUUCCAUGUGAAAAACACCAGUUUUCAUGCCACUUGGGUUCUAUUUACAUAUUUCUCAGAUCUCUAAUUAAAAAAAAUCCAACAUGCAAGAAACAUAUCUUUAUUUUCAGAUAUUCUAUGCAGAUUUUGUAUUUAUAAAUAAUAUAAUUACCUUGAUUGUGCAAAACUAGCAAGAGUUAUUUAAGAAUAGAAUGUCACAUUUAAUUUUUAUGAGGUAGAUGGUUCUUUAUUUGUUAGUGUCAAGAGAUAAUUGGAUACAUACAAAAAUGAAAGAGAGAAAAUAGGGAAAAGACCUCAAGAGUACUACUUAUAGAAAGAUAAGAGACUACACUCCCACUUCUCUCCCAAAUAUAAAUGCUUGCAGUGGUGCUGAUUAUAUGUCACCUGGACCAUUUGUGAAAAAUUCUAAGAGCUACCAAAUGUUCAUGAUUGCUGACUAGGUCUCACUUUCUUCCUGAUCUUCCAUCCAUACCUUUUCAUGAAAUUUCCUGUUCCCUGUCAUUCACAUGGUAGGGGAAAGCUAUUGUGCAAGGUCCAUUCGCUGCAGUGCAUGAGAACUACUCUGAGAACUGAAAUUUGAGAAAGACAUGAUUCAGUUUGUGAGUAAAAGACUGAGGUUACUUGCUGCCACUUAAAUAUAUUACAAUGUGCCAUCUUGAAGAGAGAGGUAAAAAUGUACAAGUAACAGAUCAUAGUUUUUGUGUUCUAAGUUGUAAGGAUGGGUUUAAGAGCAGGCUCUUGCCUAAACACAGAGAUUGAAAUGUGACCAAAAUUUAAAAAUUGCCAAGCCCUACUCAUGUACUCCCAAGUUUGGCAUAGCAUGGUGGAGAUAGCAAAAGGUUGAAGCAAAAUAGAUGUCUUUGUCUGAGGAAAGAGGAGAGAAGGAGGAAUGUUAAGGUCUUUUUCAGCAUGGAAGGCAGUCCUGUAGUUAUAGACAUCAGAGAGAUUUCUAAAGGCAGAAAGGGCACAUCAAGGCAUAAUCCCAGCAGCACAGGAAUUGUAUGUGUGAUUUUAGUUUAGGUUUAGAUGGAAAUUGUUAU